CCAGGGCGCUGGUGGGCAGCAAGACAACGUGCGGGCUGAAGGCGGACUCAGCAGCGUACUGGUUCCCGUCCAUGUUCAUGCGCACCAACCAGAAGGACGCCAAGGGCCAGUACAUCUACAAGCACUUAAAGCCCAACUGGACGCUCUUCUACUACCGCACGUCCGUCAAGAACCCGGAAACCAUCAUGCCCUUCCCGCGGGGCUUCCGGAUGAUCACAGGCAACCCAUUCGCAGGAUCUAAACAAGCUGACGACAUGGCGAACGUGGAAUGGUGGUGCGGCGCGCGCGGCAAGCACGGUAACGACUUCCCGCACCAGAAGUGUCCUGCAGGCGACCAGCUGAUCGGCAAGAUCAACUUCCCCGUGUGCUGGGACGGCAAGAACACCGACAGCGCGGAUCACCGCAGCCACGUGGUGCACAUCCCGCUCAACACCACGUGCCCGUCGUCCCACCCCGUGCCGCUGCCGCGCAUCAGCAUCAAGGUGUACUACCCCGUCGACACGGACCUCGACCUCACGUGGCCCGAGAACGGCGUCAAGGGCAACCCCGCUGUCUACCUCUCCACCAUACAGAGCGGCGGCACGGGCAGCCCCUUUGAGUAUCACAGCGACUUUAUCAACGGGUGGGACCAGAAGGUGCUUGGCCGACUCGUGAGGAAGUGCAUCAACCGCAACAAGAAGUGUCUCGUGCAGGAAGACAAUCAUGUGUAA